AUGGCUCAACGAAUCGGCCAGCUCGCUACGCACCUCGACCCUCGCUCGUGGUCGGGCAAGGGCCUCCACGCUCACAUGGCCAAGAACGACUCGGACGUCGUCAUCGUCGCUGCUGGUCGCACUCCCUUCACCAAGGCCUACAAGGGCUCUAUGAAGGACUCAAAGUUCGACCUUCUCUGCUACGAAUUCUUCAAGUCUCUCCUCGCUUCGUCUGCCGUCGACCCUUCUCUCAUUCAGGACGUCGUGGUGGGCAACGUGCACAACGAUGAGGCGCCGUACUACGUGCGUGCUGCCGCGCUCGCCGCUGGAAUCCCCAACACCACGCCUGCGAUCGUGGUCAACCGCUUCUGCUCAUCGGGUCUCAUGGCCAUCCGCGCCAUCGCCAACGGCAUCCAGGCCGGCGAGAUCGAGUGCGGUCUCGCCUGCGGUAUCGAACACAUGUCGACCCAACCCAAGCGACCUACCGUCAUCAGCGAGGAGCUGUCCAAGAUGAGUCAGGAGGCGGACGAUUGCAAGAUGCCCAUGGGUUGGACGUCGGAGAACGUUGCAGGCGACUUCAACAUCUCCCGCGCCAAGAUGGACGAGUAUGCCGCUCGAUCGCACCAGCGAGCCGUCCAGGCUCAGUCCCAGGGCAAGUUUGAUGCUGAGAUCUUCCCCAUCGCUGUCCCCACCGUCUCCAAGGAUGGUGCGAAGCAGACCACCGUCAUCUCGGCCGACGAGGGCCCGCGACCCGGUACCACCGCCGAAUCCCUCGCCAAGAUCAAGCCCGCCUUCCCUCAAUGGGGUCCCAGCAACACCACCGGUGGCAACGCCUCCCAAAUCACCGACGGAGCCGCCGGUGUCAUCCUCAUGCGUCGCUCCCUCGCCAACAAGUACGGCUUGAAGGUGCUUGGCAAGUACGUCUCGUGUGCGGUCACCGGUCUCGAGCCCAGGAUCAUGGGCAUCGGUCCCUCGUCCGCCAUCCCCGCCGUCCUCGCCCAAACCGGCGUCAAGCAGGACGAAGUGGACCUGUUCGAGAUCAACGAGGCUUUCGCUAGCAUGUACGUCUACUGCGUAGAGAAGCUCGGUCUCGAUCCCGAAAAGGUUAACGUCAAUGGUGGUGCCUGUGCGCUCGGUCACCCUCUCGGUGCGACUGGAGCGAGGUUGGUGGUCACCGCGCUCAAGGAGCUCGAGAGGAGACAGCAAAAGGUUGCUGUGGUCAGCAUGUGUAUCGGCUUGGGCAUGGGCGCGGCUGGGCUUAUCCUGCGCGAGGACUGA